ACAGAUGACAAUAAAUAUAAUUAAAAGUCGGCGCUACAAAGUUAAAUACAUAAAUUAUAAACUCAGAAAUUUACCAAUUUGUUUUAAAGAAAACGAAAGUUAAACAUUUAAAAUGCCGAGUGAAAUGAUAACAUUGCAACUGGGACAAUGUGGGAAUCAAAUUGGAUUUGAAUUUUGGAAGCAGCUUUGCAUAGAACAUGGAAUAUCGCCGGAGGGAAUUUUAGAAGAGUUUGCUUCAGCGGGCUCUGAUCGAAAAGAUGUGUUUUUCUACCAAGCAGAUGAUGAUCAUUACAUCCCGAGGGCAGUCCUUCUGGACCUGGAACCUCGUGUUAUUCACACUAUUAUGAAUUCCCCUUAUGCGAAACUUUACAAUCCCGAAAAUGUAUAUUUAUCAAAACAUGGUGGUGGAGCGGGUAACAAUUGGGCAUCCGGCUUUGCUCAGGGAGAGAAGUUGAAUGAAGAAGUAUUUGACAUAAUUAACAGGGAGGCUGAUGGAAGUGAUAACCUAGAGGGUUUUGUGUUGUGCCAUUCUAUAGCCGGUGGCACUGGGUCAGGUAUGGGCUCCUACAUCCUGGAACACCUCUCGGAUAGAUUUCCCAAGAAACUAGUGCAAACUUACAGCGUGUUCCCUAAUUUGGAUGAGAUAAGUGACGUAGUGGUCCAGCCGUACAAUUCACUGUUGACUUUGAAGCGUCUCACCGAGAGUGCCGACUGUGUGAUGGUGUUAGACAACACAGCCCUCAACAGGAUAGCGAGUGAUCGUCUUCACAUACAGAAUCCAUCAUUCGCUCAGAUCAAUACCCUGGUGUCAACUAUCAUGAGCGCCAGUACUGCUACUCUCAGGUACCCUUCUUACAUGAAUAAUGAUCUGAUCAGUCUGGUGGCUCCUCUCAUACCAACUCCUCGGCUCCACUUCCUCAUGACAGGUUACACUCCGCUAUCGGCCGACCAUGAUGUUAAUGCUGCUCCGAAAAUAAGGAAGACCACUGUCCUGGACGUGAUGCAAAGACUGCUGCAGCCAAAGAACAUGAUGGUGUCAUUGAGUCCAGACCGAGCCAACCAACACUGCUAUAUAUCGAUACUGAACAUCAUUCAGGGUGAGGUAGAUCCGUCCCAGGUCCACAAGUCACUACAACGUAUCCGAGAGCGGAAAUUAGCCUGCUUCAUACCGUGGGGACCAGCCUCUAUACAAGUGGCGCUGUCCCGGCGUUCCCCGCACGUCACCGCUGAACAUAAAGUAUCUGGACUCCUGCUGGCAAAUCAUACAAACAUCUCAUCCCUGUUCGACCGGUGUCUCCAGCAGUUCGACAAGCUGAGGAAGCGCGAGGCGUUCCUGGAGGUGUUCCGCAAGGAGCCUAUGUUCCACGAGUCUCUAGAGGAGUUCGACGCGUCACGUGGAGUGGUCGAUGACCUGGUGCACGAGUACCGAGCCGCCGCCACCCCCGACUACGUGCACUGGAACCCGGAGAGCAGUCAAAUAUGAGGAGAAAUCUCUGAAGACCAGAAGUAUUAAAAGACGAAUUUUUAUGUAGUGUAAGGCAGUCCAAGCCUAGCCCCGGAGGUAUUCAAUCUCAGUUGUCCUAAAAUGUGCCAUUUUAUAAUCUCUCCACGUCCUAACGUUGUACUGUAAGAUGCUAAACCUCCUAUUGUAAAUAACAUUUUGGUUAGUCUGUUAUUAAUCCAACAUAUUUUCAGUUCUUUUAUUUGUGACAAACCUCUUUGAUUAUUCUGUAGAUUAAUGAGACUCACGUCUAUAUAUUUUUUUUAAUUUUUAGUCUGUAAAGUUACUAGGCGAGCGUUGUAAAUAUUGUGCACAAAUAAAAAUGAAUAAUUUGUUGAAUGUGUUCUGUGAGGAUGGCGAGUAAUUUUCAAAAUUCAAAGGAUUGUAAUUAAUAGACAUAAAUUUUAAGAAAAUUUAUUAUUAAAUAAUGCUAAAAUCACGACAUACACUAGUUUUACAUCUCCCACCUAAUUAUGGUUUGUACAUUGUAUGCGGACACCAACACAAGCCGACGACGUUGUUCAUCCGAAACAUAGUGAUAUUAAAUUAUAAUGUGAAUCAAUCAUUUUUUAAUAAAAUAAAAUAUUAACAAGC